AAAUUCUAAAAUAAAUUUUCUACAGUUACAUCCCAAACAAUCACUUCCAAAAUAAAAUUGAAAGUGUCCAUUUUUUUCCAAUUCUUCCCAAAAAAAACAGAAAAACAAAAAUAAAAGGAGUGCUCCAAAAAUGGAAAAAGGAAACAAUAAAAGGAACGUUUUGAGUAUAAGAAAAAAGGAACGUUUUGAGUAUAAGAAAAAAGGAAAUAAGGUUGAAAUAAAAAAAGGAAACUUUUAUUGUUUGAAAAAAACUGUUCUAUAUAAUAAUAGCAUCAGCGGCACUCUCUUUCUCUGCGUCUUUACUUGUUGACAUUUCCUCACAAAAUGAAGACGGUUCCACGAGAUGUUAAAGUACAUAUAGAUGUGAGUGUGUCGUUGAGCACUAGAAGCUACCUCAAUACAGCUUGCAUCAAUCUCUUCCACAAACUCCAGAGACAUGUCGUUGACGAAUCAGAUGGAACCAUCAAUUGUAUUGGACUUUACCCCGCGCCUCCUCUUCCCGUCCCUCAUAUCUGCUUGAAUCUCUAUAAAGACAAAACCAGUUCACAAGAUCUUCUUUCUCGUCUCGAUUCCCAUCUCCAUAAUCCUUACUUGUCUCGUCAGAUCGUCGAGAAGAUGGCUGAACAAGCGGCUCGGAACAACGGGUUUCUACUAGAACCUUACCUCAUGGCCGUUAACGUUGUUUUGGUCCAAGACGUGUUCCACAAGAUUCCUGUUUCUUGUCUUCCUGGAAAAGAAGAGACCCUAAAGAAAGAAACGACAUGUGCCAUCUGUUUGGAGGAUUUGUGGACUAACAAACAGUUGAAAUUGCCACAUUUUUCGCAUCAGUUUCACUUUAGAUGUAUCAGCAAGUGGUUACAGAGUCGCAACUCUUGCCCUCUCUGCCGUGAAAUUGUGUUCGUAAAGAGUGAUUUUGAGUGACCUGCUUCUUACGUUUUUUUUAAAAUGUAUUGUAAUU